AUGUUCGAUUGCAUCCUAUCUUUUUGGAAGAGUAGGUGUAAAUUUAUUCAUGAUAAGUAUGAAGAUUCAGAUAACUAUAUUGCUGCCAAUGCUAUUUCCUUUGCCGUGAGAAGCAAUUUUAUUCAUGUCCAAUCGGAAAACUGGGGUGCUAACCAGCUUUUGCUGAAUUCUACUUGGCAUCCUCCUCCUACCGGAUGGAUUAAAAUAAAUAUUGACACAGCUCUUAGAAGGAAUCACUUGGCGGGAAUGGGUGGAGUGAUCCGAGAUGAUAAGGGAAGGUUUUUGAUGGCUUUCGGAAACAAAUCUUUGCAUUGGGAUAUUUCUCAUUUAGAGUUAAUGGCUGUUCUUGAUCUGAAAAGGCUGCUCAAAGGUUGGAUGAUGGAGGCUCAAGGUGUGAUCGUAGAAGGAGACAACUUGAAUAUUAUCAAAUUGCUUAAUAAUGCAGUCACAGAAUGGAAGGUUAGUAAAAAUAUUGAUGAAAAUUUGGCUUUCUUACUUGAGUUUAAACAAGUUGUUUUUUCGCAUUCUUUUAGAAAUGGGAACAAACUAGCGGAUAUUUGUGCUAAUUUGGCCCUUGUGAGAUCUUUUUUAUGGAAGAUCUUCAUGAUGUUAUGA